AUGGAUGGUCCAUCUUUGCAUCAACACAUUCGAACUAUCGAUACAUCAUCUGCACAUCAUCUCUCUUCUUCAUCAUCUAAAACCCCUCAUAUCUCUCAAAACUUAGUGAUUCCAGCAACACCAGAAGUACCAGAGGCUCCCUUAUCAAGCCAACAGACCUUUGAGCAAGUACCUUCAUAUGGCACGACUCAAUUUCGCCGAGUGACUGUAACCUCUCUUCUUUUACUUGCAAAUCUCGUACAGGUAAUGAUCGUAAACUUUGCUGGCGUCGCUGGUGGAAGCAAACUGAGCAGUGCAAUGGGUGUCAAAGACUCUUAUUCCUCAUGGAUGGCAGCUAGCUACGCUCUCACGCAAGGUGCAUUCGUCAUGAUUAGCGGCAGAGUGGGUGAUGUGUACGGCCAUAAACAACUAUUGUUGAUCGGCGGUGCAUGGCUAAGUCUUUGUACCCUGAUCGGAGCAUUCUGCAACAACUUCUUCGCCUUCAUUACGAUGCGAGCUCUGGCGGGUGUUGGAGGCGCAAUCAUUAUGCCUAAUGCUGUGGCAAUGAUCUCUGCAACAAACGCACCAGGCCGAAUGCGAAAUCUAAGUUUGGGACUGUUUGGAGCAUCAGCGCCAAUGGGAGGUUACUGUGGAGCUUUAUUCUUGGGAGCCUUUUUGGUGCAUACUUCCUACAAAUGGUUCUUUUUAUUCAUCUCUCUUCUCGGCGUUGUGACAUUCUUACCUCUCUGGGCUCUUGCACCCUCUGAACCACCAGUUGAUAAAAAUGGAACGAUUGAUUGGACUGGAUCAGCAUUGGGGACGAUAUCGUUGAUGCUGUUCAGCUUUGUGUGGAAUCAAGCACCAAGCGUCGGCUGGUCAACUCCAUAUGAGAUUGUCCUUUUGAUAAUUUCUGUCAUCAUGUUCGCUGCUUUCAUCUACUGGGAAAAGCACAUGGCUUCUGAGCCCAUCAUGCCUUUAGAUGCAUUCAAAGCCCCCUCUUUCCAGAUUCUCCUUCUGGUCAUCCUACUCAACUUUAUGGCCGUCGGAACCCUUAUUUGGUACCAAGUUCUCUGGCUCCAAGACAUCUGGCAGUGGUCAACUCUUCAUUUCGCAGCAGGCUGGAGCCCAUUCGUCGUCUGUGCUACAGCCGCAGCAUCGCUUGCAGCGUGGUUGAUUCCCAGAAUGGCAGCUCAGUGGAUUCUUGCUCUUGGUACCAUCGCGAUUCUACUUUCGAACCUAUUGAUGGCCACUCUCCCUGUAAAUCAAACCUACUGGGCUCAGGUUUUCCCAUCUGUUGUUCUCUUCUCAUUUUGUCCCGACUUUGUCUAUACAGCUGGUCAAAUCAUUGCCAGUAACUCAGUACAGCGACGUCAGCAAGGCGUUGCAGGUUCCAUUAUUGGCACUUUGAACCUAUACGGGAACAGUCUGGGACUGGGGUUCGCAUCUACAGUUGAAGUUCAGGUUGCUCGUCACUAUCAAAGUCGAAUCAUGGGUAUUAGAGGUGCCCUGUUCUUUGGUGUGGCUGUCAGUGCUAUUGCCUUGGUACUGGAUAUUUGCUUCGUGAGAAUGGUCAAAGAUGAGCGAGAGGGAUGGCAUGAGGAGGACCAGGCCUCUCUGAAUCAGAUUGAACUUCGUGAUCAAGCGGAGGCCACAGGAUCGGAGAUUCCAAUCGUUUCAUCCAGGGCUUAA